UCCUCCGGAUCACCAGUUAGUCGAACUCGAGUCGACAACCAAGAAGCCAAGAAAAUGAUCAAGUCCAUUGCUGCGAUAGCCCUGCUGGUGGCUCUGGCCAGUGCCGAGUUGCACCGCGUGCCUAUCCUCAAGGAGCAGAACUUCGUGAAGACGCGCCAGAAUGUCCUGGCCGAGAAGUCGUACCUGCGCACCAAGUACCAGCUACCCUCCGUCCGCAGCGUGGACGAGGAGCAGCUGUCCAACUCGAUGAACAUGGCCUAUUACGGUGCCAUUUCCAUCGGCACUCCGGCCCAGAGCUUCAAGGUGCUGUUCGACUCGGGCUCAUCCAAUCUGUGGGUGCCCUCGAACACCUGCCAGAGCGAUGCCUGUCUGACCCACAACCAGUACGACUCCAGCGCCAGCUCCACUUAUGUGGCUAAUGGCGAGAGCUUCUCCAUUCAGUACGGCACUGGCAGCCUCACCGGCUACUUGUCCACCGAUACCGUCGACGUGAAUGGACUGAAGGUCCAGAGCCAGACCUUUGCCGAGUCCACCAACGAGCCGGGCACCAACUUCAAUAACGCCAACUUCGAUGGCAUCCUGGGCAUGGCCUACGAGGCUUUGGCCGUCGAUGGAGUGGCUCCUGUGUUCUACAACAUGGUCUCCCAGGGACUGGUCGACAGUUCCGUGUUCUCGUUCUAUCUGGCCCGCGAUGGCACCUCCGUCCAGGGUGGUGAGCUCAUUUUCGGCGGCUCCGACGCCUCCUUGUACUCCGGCGCCCUGACCUACGUGCCCAUCUCCGAGCAGGGCUACUGGCAGUUCACCAUGGCCGGAGCGUCCAUCGAUGGCUACUCGGUGUGCGAUGACUGCCAGGCCAUUGCCGACACUGGCACCUCCCUCAUUGUGGCCCCCUACGACGCCUACUACACCCUGUCCGAGAUCCUGAACGUGGGCGAGGACAACGAUGUGGACUGCUCCACCGUCAGCUCCCUGCCCGACCUCACUUUCAACAUCGGCGGCACUGACUUCACCCUGAAGCCGUCGGCCUACAUCAUCCAGUCGGAGGGCACCUGCAUGUCCGCCUUCGAGUACAUGGGCACCGACUUCUGGAUCCUGGGAGACGUCUUCAUUGGCCAGUACUACACCGAGUUCGAUUUGGGCAACAACCGCAUCGGCUUCGCCCCCGUCGCCUAAGUUACGAUCGGUGAUUCAGUGUUUCUGUGAUUCAGUGAUCAAUAAAGCAACGUGUACCUUGAA